AACCUCAUCUUGGCCAGUCAUACUAAUUUUGCAAUUUCCGUAGCACCAACGAUAGUUCUCCCAUCAUCGACCUUUCGUAUUGUCUCGCGCGUCCCCGACUCCAGGACAGGUUGACACGGCACCCUCCUCCACCAGGCAACUUUUCGCACCUUAAUCGCCACCGCACACUAAACACUUCGCUCGAACACAACCAGAGCGAAGGAGCCAUGGCGCCCAACGACUCUCGUUACAUGCUUCCCCUGCACAGCAGGAUCUUUUCACGCAGUGCCUCAAGACUCAACCUUCGUUCCGAACGACAAAAUGAGAGAUCCGACUUAUCUUCAUCACGUCGCCCAGGGACAAGCCAUACGGCCAUCUCAGCAUACUCUACGCCAGACCUGACCAUCACUGCGCUACCACCGUUUGAGCAGCCGCCAGUGCCGCAGAUCCCUGAGCAGUUCCGCAAUUUGGCGCCAAUCCAGACCCAAGAGCCCAACCAGAGUGGACUGACCAUAUCUGCUCUCCUUUUGCCAAUCAAGAGCGCAAAGAAUAGGAAGGGAGGUUGGCGCAGACUGAAGGUACAAGUGAAGAAGGUUUUCACGUUUAGACGCCAGAAGAAGAGGGACUCAAGAGUGAGUGAGAUCAGCCAGGGACCGAUGGAAAUUGGAUCGCCGUACAACUUCAGGCAUGUCCAGACGUGGGGAUGCAAGCCGAUGCUUACACCAGGAGUAGCUACUACGGCAGAGACAGCCACUGUGACUGCUGACAAAGGCCGCGGCAACUUGGAUGUAGGAAUGGGCCAUGGUCUCGAUGACGGCUUGGGCAGCACACCAGGUACUAGACAGGGUAGCGGAGCAAGGGCAAAUGCCGGAGCGACUGGUGCAGCAACAUCAUCCAGGGGACUCGGAAAGCAAGAUGGCGAAGGAACGGCGAUUGCAGACGAUGAUGACGACAGCGACUGGGAAGACUACGAACAUACGAGGGUAUUUGAGAGACAAGAAGGUCGGAGAUCAAGACAAUUGGAGAAGAGGGACAGCAUGGAACCCUUGGUCGUUCGAGGGAGAAUCAAGGUAUCUCUAUCAACAGAGACCUUCCCGUUCAGAUUGCGAGGUGGGUUUUGGAAGGAUGAAAAGGUAACAAAUUGUUUACGGUGGAAGUGAUAGUUCUGGUCUUGACAUUCAGCUCAUGACGGGUUCUCACGAGAGAACUUCCCGCCAAUGCGGCUUUGGUAGCGUAGUAUCGUGUAAAGUAUUAUCCCCUUCGUCUUUCAAGUCCAUUCCGUACAUGCAUAAAUCUGAGGCUCAUACGAUUAACAGAGAGCGAUGGACGUUGUAUAGUGAGUCCUUACGCAGCGCGCCUCGCUGAGCCGCGGUAUAAACACGACGU